GCGACCGGAACGAUUAAAGUGUAACACAGAAACACUCGUAUGGUAUUUGUAGAUGUAAAUAUGAAAAUCUCAGCUACUAAAAGUUUAUCGUAGAGACAUUUACACCUCCAAAAAUACAAAAUGUGUUCAUAUGGAAGUCGAUUGAUCCUCACUUAGUUGACCAUGUAUUUCGAGCAGUCCGAGUGUAAAUUGUCUUAUUCUUUGGAAAGUGGAUUUUGCUGUAAUGGCUUGUAAUGAUGACUGGCAGGUAGCAGGGCGCCGUAAAGGAGCUGCUAGAAGAGGAAAACCAGCUUCAAAUCCCAAACUAGACUCACACCAGGUGUCUGACUGCAAACCGGACAAGCAGAAGAUAAUAAACGCCAUGAAUGAACUGAGAGGAGAAAACUUCUGGAUGGAAUGGAAAGAUCUCCUCUCUGAGCAUCUUCUUUCCAGUGCUUCUGGUUCCUCAGAGCAGAAUAGAGAUGUUGCUCUUCAGCACUGUGUGUGUUACGGUUUGGGUCACUUUGCUUCUUGUGUAUCUGCCCGGUACCAGCUUGCAAUGUUGUUACUGCUUCUAGAGACACUGCAGAUACCAGUGGGCAGCUGUUCUGUGUAUGAUCCUGUGUUUUCGGAGUCGGAGUGUGAUGCCCUCAAAGAGCUGGGCUUCACAGUCUUGACUGAAAAUGAGGAGGGAAAGCGAGCGGUUUAUCAACCCACCCUGUUGUACCUGAUGCAUUGUGGGAAGGCUCUGUAUAACAACCUGCUGUGGAAAAACUGGACGCCUCAGACGUUGCCAAAUAUGAUUAUCAUUGGCAACAGUUUUCAUGGCAUUCAAGAGAGGAUGCUUCGGAGAGAGUUUGAGAGAGACUACAGCUUCCUUUCAAAUGUGGCAAGUGUGUGUGACGAGAUGUCUCUGCCCUGCUCAUCGCGAUUCCUGGAUGUGUUCAAUGACACAGCGCUCAUUCAGUUCCCUCUGGAAAAUCUGAAUAAGCUCCCAGAAUGCAUGUGGACUGAUCCUUCAGAGCCACUGUACGAACACUGCCAAGAUCUCGAGAUCAUCCAGAAAGAGAAAAGCAGCUGAAAAUAUUGCUGCUUUAAAAAUGCCACAUUAUUUUUGUUAUAUUUGGCUAGUUUAUUUCCAGUUUUUUGUUGUACACUUUAUUCUGAUAAUAAAAUAUUUAGUUGUGUCUUUUUUAAUCGGAGUCUUGUUUUCU